CUCGGGGGGCCCCUGGAGAAGCCGGGAGGAGACAGCCGAGGGUCAGUCCAACACAAAAGGAUCCCCUCCGAGGGCAGCUCCUUUGCCCCAGGGACUCAGAACACACAUGAUCCAUCCCACUUGAGCUCAGACAGUGCCUCCCAGGGAACCCCCAGAACCCUGGCAUAGAGCUGGGCACACGGAUGUGCCCCUGAUGUCCCUGACCUUUUGCCAGCACCCUCUGGCCCCUCAGGAGCAGCCAACAUGCCUAUCUCCAAGUGCCCACAGAAGUCGGAGCCCCUGUGGAAGGCAUGGGACCGAAAGGCCCAGAAGAACGGACAGAGACACCAGGUGUAUGCUGUCAAUGGUGACCGCUACGUGGGCGAGUGGAGAGACAACUUGAAACACGGAAAAGGAACACAGCUCUGGAAGAAGAAAGGGGCCAUCUAUGAGGGGGACUGGAAGUUUGGGAAGCGAGAUGGCUAUGGCACUCUCAGCCUUCCUGACCAAGAGACUGGAAAGUACAGGAGAGUAUAUUCGGGCUGGUGGAAAGGCAAUAAGAAAUCGGGCUAUGGGAUCCAGUUUUUUGGACCCAAAGAGUAUUAUGAAGGUGAGUGGUGUGGCAACCAGCGCAGCGGGUGGGGCCGCAUGUACUACAGCAGUGGUGACAUCUACGAGGGCCAGUGGUGGAACGACAAGCCGGACGGGGAGGGCAUGCUGCGCCUGAAGAAUGGGAACCGCUAUGAGGGCUACUGGCAGCGAGGCUUGAAGAACGGGUCUGGGCGUUUCUUCCACCUGGACCAUGGUCAGCUGUUUGAAGGCUUCUGGGUGGACGACAUAGCCAAGUGUGGCACGAUGAUCGACUUUGGCCGAGAUGAGGCCCCUGAGCCCACCCAGUUCCCCAUUCCUCAGGUCAAACUUCUAGACCCCGAUGGCGUGCUGGAGGAAGCCAUGGCCAUGUUCAAGAAAGAGGAAAUGCAAGGAGACUGAUGCCAGGUGAGGGGGUGAG